AUGGCUUCAUUGAAUCCUAUUGGAGUGCCAGCAAUCAAGGUAGAGGACUAUGAUGGAAACCAUUUCUCAACUCACCAAGACAUCUUUAAAAGAAUCAAUGCUCUUCUUGAUCACUCUUUAGACAUCAAUGUUACGGGUGCUUGUGCUUCCCAAGAAAGGAAAUAUGAUGAUUUUAACCAGCACCGUGCAUCAGGCCAUCUGUCUCAAGAGCUUCAGUCAGUACUGAGCUAUGCCAACGUUCCAUUGUCACAGUCAGCAGCUUAUACCAACAGCAAUGCUAGCAUUUACACAUCCUCUGCGGCCACAAGUUAUGGUGCCCUAGGUCAGCCUCUCACUGCUUCUGCUAUGUCCACAUAUGGCUAUUCCAAUGCAAGCCCGAAUUCGCAGUCAGCUUAUCCAGGUUUCCAGUUGUUUUCUACAAGCAGUGGAAGUAACAGUGGAAUUGCCACUGGUUCCCAGCAAUGGAAUAUGUUUGACAGCAAAUCCUUUACCUCUCCAUCUCGUCAGCCACGGGCAAUCAAAGGAGAAAAGCAGUCUCCUGGUUUAAAUUCAAGUGACUACAGUUCCUUGUCUUCUGUCAGCCCCCUGACAGAGUCCUCCCUCUCUCCUAUAGAAAAGAUCUUGUACUCCAACCUUUUGUCACAUCAAACAGCAUCACCCAUUACCAGAACACCAGCAACCCCAAUUGAAACGGAUAAGACAUUGACACAUUAUGAACAGACAGAGACUGGUGUUCUAGACAACAUGAUGCGAGCUAUGACACUGACAGAACGGCAACAGAGCAAUGCAACUGAGCUUGCAAACCAGCUGUACCAGGCUUAUCAGGCUGGCGCUCCAGUCUAUGCUGGAGUGGGUGUUGAUAUCAUGUCUGCCCCAGCUGGUGAAAUGGCAAGUGUGGAUCGUACAUUGACUUCACCACUUGGACCACAUUAUAUGACCAAUGUAGAUCCUUAUGCCAUAGAUCGGGCUGCACGGCUGCACAGGAAUGCUGCAUCUGUAAGUGAGGCAACAUGCACAUGGAGUGGUCAGUUGCCUCCCCGUGCUCAUAAGAACCCUACAUACUCCUGCAAAGUAUUUGUUGGUGGUGUUCCAUGGGACAUAACUGAGACUGGGCUUCAAACGGCUUUUAACAAGUUUGGAUCACUGAAGAUUGAGUGGCCUGGAAAAGAUGGGUAUGUGUACCUGCUGUUUGAUGUAGAAAAGUCAGUGAGAUCCCUGCUCCAGUCCUGCACACAUGACUUCAGCAGUGGUGAUUACUACUACAAGAUUUCUAGUCGAAGGAUGCGUUCCAAGGAGGUGCAGAUUAUUCCAUGGGUGCUUGCUGAUAGUAAUCAUGUGCGCCAGCCUUCCCAACGCUUAGAUUCUGGGAAGACGGUCUUUGUUGGGGCCCUUCAUGGGAUGAUUACUGCAGAAAUUCUUGGGAACAUAAUGAAUGAUCUCUUUGGGAAUGUAGUUUAUGCUGGCAUUGACACCGAUAAACAUAAGUACCCAAUUGGAUCUGGACGAGUGACUUUUUGCAACCGCAAGAGCUACAUGAGAGCAGUGCAGGCUGCAUUUAUAGAGAUUAAAACUCCCAAAUUCACCAAGAAGAUUCAGGUGGACCCCUACCUAGAGGAUGCCAUUUGCAGUUUGUGUGCAAUUCAGCAAGGACCUUAUUUCUGCCGUGAACUCCAGUGCUUCCGCUACUUUUGCCGCACCUGUUGGUACUGGCAGCACAAUCUUGAUGCCAUGCGUCACCAUAAACCCCUCACUCGUAACACCAAAAGCACCAUGCCUUUGUAGUAGGCUGCCAUUGUAGCAGGAUGCAGCACUUUGCCAUUCUUGUGGCAAAUCUACCAGCAGCAAAAACUUCCAUGCAGCUACCACAUGUUAUUUUUGCACUUUGUCAGUAAUAUCAAAGUGUCAUGUGUCUAACUACAUGUUUGUAUAAAAUGUUAAUCCUAGAAUGAGGGACCAGUUUAUUCAUGCAUUGAUUGUUCAGACUGACAGGCAUUGUUAUGGGCAUUAUUGGUAUGCAAUAGCUCCCACCUGUCUUAUUCAGAGCCUCAUGUUAUUGUAACAAUGUAGAACUUUGUUCAGCGGAGAUAGACUUGCUGCUGAAUGGGCAAUGGAGGCACGAAGUUGCAGACAAACUAUGCACCGAUUUUAAGCAAAUGCAAGCAGUUGCACUUCUUGUCACCCACAUUUAUUUGCCUUGCUUGCAAAAAGGUGCUUAAACUCCAACUUUUGCCCAAAGUGAAACAAAAAUUUCUGCAGUCACUGCAGAUGUUUGGUGCUAUGCUUCAUUAAAUUUUUGCUGUGGCCUUGAGUCUAAGUUUAGGUGAUAGAAGUUGUCCCUUUAAAGACUUUUCUGCCAGAAAAAUUGAAUUCAUGUUCCUUGGUCUUUUGGAGCGGAGAAAAUGAGAAUUUGGUUGACUGUUCCUAAGUCAUGAGUCGGAUUUACAAGUUGACUUGUAAGACUUGUGUUGACAUAAAUCAUUUUUGGAGAAGUCAUUUGACUAUCUCCUUUAGUGAGUGAUAUUUUGAGUUUGUGAUAGCAGUUUAGCUAUUUGAAACCUUUUAGGUUUUUCAUUUUGAAAGGUCUACCUAUAUUUGUUACUCUUGUGAAAUGUUGAUGAUAGUCUUUCUGCUCAAGCUGUUGCUUGAUCUAAUAUCAGUCUGUUAUUGUGAUGCUGUUAUUGUCAUGAAAGAUGUGAUUUUUGUGGGAUUGUUUCCCUUUUUCCUUUGUACUUAGAGGAACCUUGUUUUUCUUCAUAUCGUCUUGGAUGGUGCGUCUAUGAUCCUUUAAGACUGCAACUUCACAUUUUCAUCUAUUAAUUACAGGUAACUUUUCUAACUGAUCUUGAAAUGCUUCAUGUGCAGAUAUUUUUUUACUUUCAGAAGAUAGGAAGUGUACGCGUUGCAAGUUUUGAAUAUUUUGCGGAAUAAGAAUGAGUUUCAGUGGUUGAAAGAAAACUAGGAACAUGAGCAAGGACUGUGGAAAGCUAAGGAGAAAACAUUCCUAUUGUAAGUCAUCCACAGUUUUAGCUUCCCAGUUUACAACUUUGUUUUAAAAGCAUUUCUUUUCCAUCUUUACCAAAAAUGGGGUAUUUGGCCAAAUAAAUUUGACUUGUUCUUCAUUGCAAAGGAUUAUUUUUGCAUGCGUUUGUUUGAUUCAGAAAUGGAGUAUUUGGCCACAUACAUUAGAUUUUGCUGCAAUUAAUAAGGUAGGUUCUCCAUUUUGACUAAACAUUCAACCUGAUGUGGAGCAAUGGUAAGCAGACUGUAUUUUAAAACAGUAAUUACUAAGGGAAUUGCUUACCUUUUUAUGUUUUUGAAACUUAUCUUGUACAUAGUUCUUUUAUGUUGGUGUCAACACAAGGGAAUAGAUUUUUCAUUAAUGAAAUUUCAGAACAUGUAAUUUUUCAUAUUGUCCUCUGCCUGUGUCUGCCAUUCUAUUGCUUUUUUACUUUAUCUUAUUUUCAUUUUAAAAUAUAACCUUUUCGUUCUUGAUCUUAGCUAGCAUUGGUCAGGAAACAAAUGUAUGAUUAUAAAAUCAACAGAUGUGCUUUGCAUGAAUCAAAAGACUUUGUCCUUAAGAUAAACUGCAAAGGCAAUGUUUUCAUUGUGUUUCAAGUCCUUACUGUGAUCUUUUGCAGAAUAUAAAUGUAUUCUGAAAAUCAAAUAAGUUUGAUAAAUUGUACGAAACUAUUUGUAUUCAUGCCUAUUGUCAUAACAUGGGUGAGAGACAAAGGUCUCAACUCCAAUGAAUUGCUGCAGACCAGAAUGAAAUUUUUGCAUUUUUUUCUGUAAAGCCUUAGUAGCUUUCUGGAAAGUUUUUUUUUUUAAAUUGAAUUUGUACCCAUCUUAAAAUGGGGGAAGUAGCACUCUUCAUAGUAGAAGUCUGUUGAAAGGGGAACAUUUUACACAGAAAGAAGAUAAAAGCUAGAACAGUUUUACUACUUACUUGGCCUUCGUCAUUUUUACUAUUCUCUACAACAGAUUAAUUCCUUUUAAAGAGCCAGCAACAUGUUUUUUAUCCAGUUCAAAAGUUCAAGAGAAAAUUCUGAGAUUUUUACAAGAAAUCAAAAUUGCUAGUCCAAGCAGACGAUCUUCAGUUGGUAGCACUCCCAGAGACUAGCAUGAAGUUUUCUUACCCCUUGCCUCCUAGGACAGAUGUUUUUCCUAUUUGUAUUGGUAGUUUUGAGAAUGAAUAGCCAUUUGUUUGCAGUAAUGUCUUCUGAAUAAAUUUUUAUGUCCAGGUGUGAAAAGUUCUUUUAGAAACUUUUAGCAAGUUUAGUCCUGAGUAACUAUACCUGAUGCUUUGGUGCACAGGCAAAGAUCAGCUUAGAUCACUUGAAGUAGAGUCACUUUAGAUACUUUUUUAAAAUACACCAUCUGCCUAAAUUCUUAUUGUCUUUCUUUUUAAGUGGUUUUCCACGACAAAAUAUCUAUUUCUUUCCAGCAGGACUUGACUUGGUCCAGGUACUUAAUGCUGCUUCAUGAAGUAUUUCAGUUAAUGCAUUAUCUGUUAUAUUUCAUGUUUUUUAAAAAAAAAAUUUCCUUCAUUCUGAUAAACAAGCAUUCAAAUAUGAAGUAUGGAUGGAAAGAUGUAAGAAUAAUUACUGGUAUUAAUCUUGUGUGCAAAAUGAGCAGUCCCAGACUGUAACACAAAGCAAGUGUAAAGCAAAUGGAGUUGUUACUCAAGUGAGAAAGUAAGACUUGAGCCAAAAUGUUCGAAAUUUCUAUUUGCAUUAAAGAUUUCCUUUUUUCA